GAACAGCAAGUCCACAGUGGCAACAAUGAGGGGGAGUUCGGUGGGGUUGUGUUUUCUUGCUUUGACUAUAGCCCAUGUCACUGAGAUCCAAGCCAGAUGGGUCCGCAACCAUGUGAGCAGCAUCUGUAGCACAUGGGGCAGGGAGCACUUCAAGACGUUCGAUGGUGAUGUGUACCAGUUUCCUGGCAUGUGUGAAUACAACCUGGUCUCCGACUGCCAUGACACCUUCCCAGAGUUCUCUGUGCACAUGAAGAGGAAGGAAAGCGAUGGAAACCCGACAGUCAGUUAUGUGGUGGUCACCAUCAGCGAUUUUGUAUUUCACCUCAGCAAGGAUGUGGUCACUGUGAACGACCAGCCUGUCAAACUUCCACACUACCAGGCCGGAGUACAAAUGGAAAGAAAUGCAGUCUACAUCAAGCUCCAGUCCAAAGUUGGCAUCAUUGUCAUGUGGAACCUUGAUGAUGCAGUCAUGGUGGAAAUUGAUAAUGAUUACACUAACCGCACUUGUGGACUUUGUGGAGAUUUCAACGGUGUUCCAGUCUACAAUGAGUUCCUCCUUGAUGGUCGCAAAAUCAGCCCCAUUGAGUUUGGCAACAUACAUAAAGUCCAUCGUCCAAAUGAUGAGUGUGAGGACCCAUAUGAAGAGGAAGAUGUGUCACAGGAAGCUAUGAAUGUGCCAGAGUCAUGCAAAGAGUUUCAAAACACCUGUGAAGAGAUGCUGCAUGCAGAAACCUGGAGCUCCUGCUCCAAACUGAUUGACCCUGAGCCUUACAUUCAGGCCUGUGUGCAGGACAUGUGUGGCUGUACCAACCAUUCAGAUGACUUUUGUGUCUGCAGCACACUCUCUGAGUUCUCUCGACAGUGUUCCCAUGCAGGAGCGGACCCUCCCAACUGGAGGACUUCUGAGUUCUGUGCCAAACAGUGCCCAUUCAACAUGGUUUAUGAAGAGAGUGGAUCCCCUUGUGUGGAUACCUGCACGCAUCAAGACACAAGCUCAUUCUGUGAGGACCACAAAAUGGACGGCUGCUUCUGUCCUCCUGGAACUGUGUUCGAUGACAUUUCCAUGAGGGGGUGUAUUGCUCAGUCUGAAUGCCAGUGCAAGCAUGGAAAAAUCUAUGAAUCUGGUGAAGUUUACAGACAGGAGCGAGAGGAAUGCUCAUGUUUUGAGGGUAGAUGGGCUUGUGAAAGUCUUUCAACACCUUCUACGUGUGCGGUUGAAGAAGGUUCACAUGUAACCACCUUUGAUGGGAAAGACUUCACCUUCCAUGGAGACUGUUACUACACCCUGGCCAAGGUGGAAAGAAAGGAUAAUGCAAGCCCUAAGUUUACCAUUCUGGUCAAACUGGUACCAUGUGCACACCAAGAGUAUGACACCUGUCUGAAGACCCUCAAAAUCCUGCUGAACAAUGACAGAAACAAUGUGUUAACAUUCACUGCUGAUGGCACAGUAAAGCAGAAUAUGCAGAGUAUCACUUUGCCGUACUUCUCAGGGGAUAUCAGUAUAUUCCAUGCUUCAUCCUUUCACAUCAUCCUCCAGACCAGUUUUGGUUUGCAAAUUCAGAUCCAACAUGUGCCUCUGAUGCAAGUUUAUGUCAGCCUGGAGCAGAGCUACAGGGAAAAGACACGUGGUUUAUGUGGAAACUACAACAUGGUCCUGUCUGAUGACAUGAACACUCGUCAGGGAAUUGUGGAGGGAAGUGCAGCAGCUUUUAGUAACUCCUGGAAAGCUAGCUAUAUAUGCCAAGACAGAGAAGAAAGACUUGAUGACCCUUGUUCUCUCAGUAUGGAAAAUGAAAUGUAUGCCAAACACUGGUGCACCUUGCUACGACAGCCAAAUAGUACCUUUGCAGAGUGCCAUUCUGUGGUGGAUCCUGAGAUUUACUACAAGCGAUGUACUUAUGCUAGCUGUAACUGUGAGAAGAGCGAGGACUGCCUGUGUGCUGUUUUCUCCUCCUAUGCCAGAGCUUGUGCAUCAAAGGGAGUGUUCUUGACAGACUGGAGAGAGAAUGUGUGCGACAAAUACACCAAGAACUGCCCAGCAUCUCAGACCUUCUCUUACAAACAUCAGAGAUGCCAGCUGACUUGCAGAUCAUUAAGCUUAAAGCAGCAGAGCUGCACUUCUGAUUUCUUACCUGUGGAUGGCUGUUCCUGCGCUGAGGGUCACUACCUAGAUGACAACGGCAUCUGUGUCCCAGUGGCAAAGUGUCCCUGUUACCAUAAUGAGGUCUACGUUAAGUCAGGCAAGUCCAUCAGCAUCAACAACGAGCGCUGCGUAUGCACCAACGGAGUUCUUCAUUGCCAUUCUGGGAGAAACCGCAUGUCAAUUUCUACAUCUUGCCCUUCUCCUAAACAAUACUUCAACUGCUCCACUGCAAGCGCAGGAGUUGUUGGAGUGCAGUGUGCUCGAACUUGUUUAAAUCUGGACAAUGAUGAUUGUGAUGCCACAGAGUGUGAGUCUGGCUGUCGGUGUCCCAGUGGCCUCCUUGAUGAUGGUAAAGGUUUCUGUGUGAAAGAAAGUGACUGUCCAUGCAAACAUGAAGGCCAUCUCUAUGUCUCCGGAACACAAAUACCAAACCAGUGCAACACCUGUACCUGCCAAAGUGGAAAAUGGACAUGCACAGAGAAAAAAUGUCCAGGAACUUGCAUUAUUUAUGGAAGUGGUCACUACACCACAUUUGAUCAGAAAACAUAUGCAUUUCAAGGACAGUGUGGCUAUAUUGCUGUAAAGAACAACUGUGGCAAUAAAACAGUGCACAACAACUUUGGAGUUAUCACUGAAAAUGUACCUUGUGGCUCUACGGGCACUACCUGCUCUAAAAAAGUCAGAAUUCAGCUGGGGAGAAUGGAAAUCAAACUAUCAAGGGGAAGAUUUGAAGAGGAUGACCUGGGACAUGGGCCUCUGAUCAAGCACACAAUAAGGAAGGUUGGCUUGUAUGUGGUUGUAGAAUCUGAGAUUGGUGUGGCAGUGAUGUGGGAUCGCAAAACAGCUGUUCGGAUCCUGCUGGAACCAGUGCACAGCGGAGAGGUGUGUGGUCUGUGUGGAAAUUUCGAUGGUGAUGGACAGAAUGACUACACCACCCAGGGUCAGCUGGUGGUGAGCAAUCCACUUGAAUUUGCAAACAGCUGGAAAGUGUCUAGCUCUUGUCCAGAUGUGGAGGCGAACAUCGAUCCUUGCACAGUGACAUCCGGUCGACAUCAGUGGGCAAAAAUGAUGUGUAGCAUCAUAAUUGGAAAAACAUUUAAAGAAUGCCACAGAAAGGUUAGCCCUGUUCCAUUUUAUGAAAACUGCAUGAAAGACUCAUGUGCCUGCGACACUGGAGGAGACUGUGAAUGUUUCUGCACAGCAGUUGCAGCUUACGCUCAGGCUUGCAAUGAGCAUGAUGUUUGCAUUGCAUGGAGAACUCCGGAGAUCUGUCCUGUCUAUUGUGAUUACUACAAUGGCCCAGCGGAUUGCAUGUGGCACUAUAACCCUUGCCACCCUCCGUGCUACAAGACCUGUUUGAAUCCAGAAGGUGUAUGUUUGAAUCCGAUACCCACCCUGGAAGGCUGUUACCCAGUAUGCCCAAAAGAUAAGCCUAUAUUUGAUGAGAACAAAAAAACAUGUGUGGAUGUAUGUGAGCCAACUACAACAACACCUCUACCUACAACUACAACCAUACCUCCAACUACCACAACUACACCUACUACAACACCUAAAACUACACCUCCUAACACUACAACUACACUAACGCAACCGACUACCACAACUACUCCUCCUACUACAACAACACCCACACCCCCAACUACCACAAGUAUAACCACAAUCUCAUCGACUACUUGCAUUCCAGGUACCACAUGUGCGUGGUCAGGCUGGUAUGAUGUGGAUGAUCCAAAGGACAAAAGUGAUUGGGAAACAUACAAAAACAUCACAGAUAGUGGUCUUCAAAUAUGUGAAAAUAUUAAAGAUAUUGAGUGUAGAGCAGUAGAUUACCCGGACAAAACCUUUGAUGACUUUGUGGCUCAAACUGGCCAAGUUGUUACUUGUGAUCAGGACAUUGGUUUAAUAUGUAGGGCAGAAGACCAGACCAGACCACCAAGAAAGUGCUUUGACUAUGAGAUCAGGGUAUAUUGUUGCAACAUAUGUUCAACAACCACACCGCCUAGUACUACGACUACAUCGACACCUCUGAUUACUACAACCACACCAACACCUUCGACUACCACUACUACAACCACUCCUCCUACAACUACAACUACUCCUCCUACUACAACUACAACCACACCUCCGACUACCACAACUACACCUCCAACUACAACCACACCAACACCUCUGACUACCACAACUGCACCUCCAACUACGACAACUACAACCACACCUCCGACUACAGCAACUACUCCUUCUACUACAACUACACCCACACCUCCGACUACCACAAGUAUAACCACAAUCUCAUCGACUACUAGCAUUCCAGGUACCACAUGUGCGUGGUCAGGCUGGUAUGAUGUGGAUGAUCCAAAGGACAAAAGUGACUGGGAAACAUACAAAAACAUCACAGAUAGUGGUCUUCAAAUAUGUGAAAAUAUUAAAGAUAUUGAGUGUAGAGCAGUAGAUUACCCGGACAAAACCUUUGAUGACUUUGUGGCUCAAACUGGCCAAGUUGUUACUUGUGAUCAGGACAUUGGUUUAAUAUGUAGGGCAGAAGACCAGACCAGACCACCAAGAAAGUGCUUUGACUAUGAGAUCAGGGUAUAUUGUUGCAACAUAUGUUCAACAACCACACCGCCUAGUACUACGACUACAUCGACACCUCUGAUUACUACAACCACACCAACACCUUCGACUACCACUACUACAACCACUCCUCCUACAACUACAACUACUCCUCCUACUACAACUACAACCACACCUCCGACUACCACAACUACACCUCCAACUACAACCACACCAACACCUCAGACUACAGCUACAACUACACCUCCUACAACGACAACUACUACUCCUACUACAACAACUACUCCGCCUACUACAACUACAACCACACCUCCAACUACCACAACUACACCUCCAACUACAACCACACCAACACCUCCGACUACCACAACUGCACCUCCAACUACAACAACUACAACCACACCUCCGACUACAGCAACCACUCCUUCUACUACAACUACACCCACACCUCCGACUACCACAACUACCCCUCCAACUACAACCACACCAACACCUCAGACUACAGCUACAACUACACCUCGUACAACGACAACUACUACUCCUACUACAACAACUACGACUACACCUCCUACAAGUACAACUACUCCUCCUACUACAACAACACCCACACCACCAACUACCACAACUACACCGCCUACUACAACUACAACCACACCUCCAACUACCACAGCUACACCUCCAACUACAACCACACCAACACCUCUGACUACCACAACUGCACCUCCAACUACAACAACUACAACCACACCUCCGACUACAGCAACCACUCCUUCUACUACAACUACACCCACACCUCCGACUACCACAAGUAUAACCACAAUCUCAUCGACUACUUGCAUUCCAGGUACCACAUGUGCGUGGUCAGGCUGGUAUGAUGUGGAUGAUCCAAAGGACAAAAGUGAUUGGGAAACAUACAAAAACAUCACAGAUAGUGGUCUUCAAAUAUGCGAAAAUAUUAAAGAUAUUGAGUGUAGAGCAGUAGAUUACCCGGACAAAACCUUUGAUGACUUUGUGGCUCAAACUGGCCAAGUUGUUACUUGUGAUCAGGACAUUGGUUUAAUAUGUAGGGCAGAAGACCAGACCAGACCACCAAGAAAGUGCUUUGACUAUGAGAUCAGGGUAUAUUGUUGCAACAUAUGUUCAACAACCACACCGCCUAGUACUACGACUACAUCGACACCUCUGAUUACUACAACCACACCAACACCUUCGACUACCACUACUACAACCUCUCCUCCUACAACUACAACUACUCCUCCUACUACAAUUACACCCACACCACCAACUACAACAACUACUCCGCCUACUACAACUACAACCACACCUCCGACUACCACAACUACCCCUCCAACUACAACCACACCAACACCUCAGACUACAGCUACAACUACACCUCCUACAACGACAACUACUACUCCUACUACAACAACUACGACUACACCUCCUACAAGUACAACUACUCCUCCUAGUACAACUACACCCACACCACCGACUACCACAACUACACCUCCAACUACAACCACACCAACACCUCCGACUACCACAACUGCACCUCCAACUACAACAACUACAACCACACCUCCGACUACAGCAAUCACUCCUUCUACUACAACUACACCCACACCUCCGACUACCACAA